AUGGCCGGAACACUUGUUGAGAGGAUCGUCCCUCAGACUUAUACCUCCCUUGCCACCAAAAUCGAUAAUUCCGCUCGACCUCGCAGCCAGUCUAACCUGGAAGCUGCCUUCUCCCCCGUCAACAACGACGGUUGUUUUGAUUUUGAUCGCGUACUGAAAAGCGGUUACGUACAGAAGCGGACACAAAAGACGAAGAAAUGGAAACCUGUUUACCUUGUACUGCGACCGAAUACUCUAUCUCUGUAUAAAAACGAAACCGAAGACCGACUUCGACACCAACUUUACCUCUCUGAGAUCACAGCUGUUGCUGAGCUGAAGGAUCCCAAGCACAAGCGUGAGAAUGUUUUCGGCAUAUUUUCUCCUUCUCGCAACUACCAUUUCCAAGCCAGCUCCGCCCAGGAUGCUCGGGAAUGGAUGGACUUUAUACGGAGAGAUGCACGCAUUGACGAAGAGGAGGACGAGAUGUUCCUAGCUAGCCCCCGGGCCGACCAACAGCCCAACAGUGGCAUCAAGCCAGUUUCCAUUAACGAAAAUGCGCCAAACGAACACGAGCGCUUCCUUUCCAGCUCCCCAGAACCAAUGUCAUCUGCUCCCAGAUACGUUACUUCGGCAGGUGGCAGGAGAAGAUCGUCGGUGCUAGAGUCUUCGGGAAUGUCGGGUGCCGAGUUCGCAUCCCACUCCGAUCUUUCCGACAACGAAGCGUUCCGUCCCCAGGAUUCUUCCUUUGACAGCUUGGCUGUUAAAUCGCCCAGCAAUGUAACUCCGGAUGCGGCUCGCCCUGCAGGUCAAGGCAUUCGGUCGCUGAGCCAAACAAGCGUGUCUAAUGUUGAGCAGGAUCCUGACCGCGUCAUAUGGCAAGGUCGACUCUACCUGUUGCGUCACAGACGUGGUAUGCGACAGUGGAAGGAUAUGUGGGCCGUGCUUCGACCACGCAAUCUCAUUCUCUAUAAGGACGAAUCUGAAUAUACCGCACGAUGGAUUCUACCACUAUCCGCCGUCGUCAACGUGGUCGACCUUGAUCCUCUCAGCAAGAACAAGAAGCAUUGUUUGCAGGUCAUCACCGAGGAGAAGAGUUAUCGCUUCUGUGCUCACGAUGAGGAAGCCCUCGUCCGCUGCAUUGGGGCUUUCAAGAGUUUACUCGCCAAACGCCGUGAACUUGAGGCUCGAGCUGCUGCCACAGCCAUAUGA